AUGUCACAUUCCAUAGCAACAAAUAAGUUGUAUUUGCAUGGAAAAGAAGUACAAGGCAAAUGUAUUCGUACAGCCCUUCUUGACUUCAUUGAUUUUCUUAAAGAAAAAGAUCAGCCAAUACUUGUUGGGCACAAUAUUGCUAGCUUUGAUGUGCCAAUUCUUUCAAGGCUAUUGAAAGAAUUUGGGCUGCAUCGAGAGUUUGUCAGAAUUGUACCAGCAUAUAUUGACACAUUAAAGGUAGCAGGGAAGGUAUUUUCAAAAGAAGAGGUCAAUGGUUGUUACAAACAAUGCAACUUAGUUGAGGUAUACUUGAAUAUCAAAUAUGAUGCUCAUGUUGCAGUUGAAGAUGUUAAUUCCUUGCAGCAGCUUUUCACUGUGAAACUGAAGGACAAGUGUACUGAUGAAGAUGUGUGUAGUAUCACAUGUAAAUCCUGUAAAGAGUCAUACACAGAUGUAAUAAAAAAUAAAAUUGUCAGCAAAGUCAUUUGUGAAAAGCUCAGCAAGGAUGGUAUAGCACUACAACAUCUCCAGCUUGCAAACAGAAGCGACCCAAAUGGUUAA